UCGGCAACCUGAACCAUGGGAAGUGUUCCAGCAGCCACCCCCACCGUGCGCGAAAUCUGGCGUGCGCAGCGCGCAGACGGACCCGCAGCGGUGCUCGCCAUCGGCACGGCGAACCCGGAGAAGUGCGUGCCCCAGGAAGAGUUCCCGGACUUCUUCUUCCGUGCCACCAACAGCGACCACCUCACCGCGCUCAAGGACAAGUUCAAGAGAGUCUGUCUGAAGCUAGGGGUUCAGAAACGCUACCUGCACCACACGGAGGAGUUACUCCGCGCCCACCCCGAAUUCAUCGACCACGAGUCGCCAUCCUUGGACGCGCGGCUGGACAUCGUCGCCACUGCCGUGCCGGAGCUGGCCGCGCAAGCCUCCAAGAAGGCCAUCGCCGAGUGGGGCAGGCCAGCCACCGACAUCACCCACCUCGUCGUCACCACCAACUCUGGCGCCCAUAUCCCGGGCGUCGACUUCCGCCUCAUCCCGCUCCUCGGCCUCCGCCCCUCCGUGCGCCGCACCAUGCUCUAUCUCAACGGCUGCUUCGCAGGCUCCGCCGCGCUGCGCCUCGCCAAGGACCUCGCGGAGAACAACUGCGGCGCGCGCGUCCUGGUCGUCUGCGCCGAGCUCACCCUCAUGCUCUUCAGCGGGCCCAAGGAGGGCUGCUUCCAGACGCUCGUCAACCAGGGGCUCUUCGGCGACGGCGCAGGCGCCGUCAUCGUCGGCGCCGACCCGGCGAGCCCGGGUGAGCGCCCGCUGUUCGAGAUGGUGUCGGCCGCGCAGACGGUGGUGCCGGACUCCGACCAUGCCAUCACCAUGCACCUCACAAAGGGCGGAUACGGCGGCAACAUCUCCACCAGGGAGGUCCCGGGGUUCAUCGGGGACAACAUCGAGCAGUGCCUCCAGGACUCGUUUGGGCCACUCGGCAUCGCCGCCAAAUGGAACGACCUCUUCUGGGCGGUGCACCCCGGAUCGUCUGCCAUCUUGGACCACAUCGACACCGUGCUCAAGCUCCAGCCCGAGAAGCUGGCGGCGAGCCGCCUGGUGCUGAGCGACUAUGGGAACAUGUUCGGCGUCACCAUCAUCUUCAUCUUGGACGAGCUCAGGCGGCGGCAUAAGGAGCAGGGAGGGGCCGGGGUGCCUGACUGGGGUGUGAUGAUGACCUUUGGGCCGGGGCUCACCGUGGAGACCAUGGUGUUGCACGCCACACAGCAUACGCAAGCAUCUGGAGGACAGCUAGCUGAGACCAACAACCCAAGGAGGAGGUCAGGAAAGGAGCUCUGUGAGGAGAAGGGCACUGACGCUGAGAAGAAGGCGAUGGUCAUCAGCAAGGCCAAGACGAGGGGCGCUGCUCGCUUCCGAGCAGCUGAUCAAGACCAUGAAGAAGAUUUGGAAGAUUCGGGGCGUGGUCGUCGCUUUGUGCUUGAAUUCGCUGAGGAGGGCGAUUUCCUGCAUGUCACACGAGGCGGCCCAUGGAGAUACAGAGAGGAUGCUGUUCUGAUCGAGGCGUUGAAGGAAGGAGAGGACCCGGACGCUGUCAACUUCAAGUCUGUACCAAUCUGGGUGCAGUUCAAGGAGAUUCCCUUCUACCUCCUUUCUAAGGAGCUGGCAAGGGAUCUGGGUAAGAUAAUGGGUGAACUGAUUUUCAUUAAUAAUGAUUCUCGUGGCAAUCUUCUCGCAAAAUUCCUCAGGGCAAGAGUGCGGCUACCUCUAGAUACCCCAUUACUUCGAUGGGCCAAGCUGAUGGAUGAGAUCACCAACGAGGAGGUGGUGGCCUCUGUCUUCUACGAGCAACUCCCAACCUUCUGCAAGUGUUGCGGCAUCAUCGGGCACCAGGCAGCGAAUUGCUCGCUACCGACGGAGAAAAGGAGCAACAACUACGAGCCUGAGCUGGGAAUGCCUCCAACACACUACAAGGACACUCCCCGCUGGUUCCUGCCCGAGACGACCGGGCAGGAGAGGCGGCCCAUGUACAAGUUCCUCGCGUGGGACAACAUCUCCGAACUUGCUGCGCCACCAAACCUGCUGAUGUGCCAACGACAUCUGGCCAUCGUGUCCCAUGUCACGAAGGAGGUGGGCAAGCUCACGGUCAACGAACCAGCCACGGUGACCAAGGCCAGAGAGGAACAAACGGCUGCCUCGUCUCCGACAGUCUCGGUGGCCUCGAAGCAUUUGUGCUACGAGGUGCAAACCAAGGCGCUCGACGACACCAACACUGUUGGGCCUCAUGAGCCACCAUGCACAACAAGGUGA